AUGGCCGUGUUUAAAGAUGGAUCAGAGGUAGCGUCAACACCACCGCCCAUCGCUACAAACAAUGGAGACUGCGACGAAGACGACAACGAAAACAACAAGAGACAUGAAAAUAACAGCUCCCAUCGUCUACCUCCGCCACGAAAGAAAACUCGUGUUAGAAAAGGAUCCCCUGUUGCCGCUGCCGCUGCCGCGGCUCCACGAACAAGACGUGUCGCUCUGAAGGAGAAAGCUACCAACCCUAGCUCUAGUGACGUCCUUCACCCAAUCGAUAAGGAUGAGUCGUUUUAUGGAAAACAACCUACUCGCAGGAGAGCAAACUUGCCGACUAAUGAUAAGGCCAAAGCCCUGGAGCCCACUUCAACAAGAUCCCCAUUGCAGGAGAUUUCCAAUACUUCAAAUUCUUUGCAUCAAACGUUGAAAGAAAAAUUACCAACUAAGACUUUCGAUGAACUCGUUUCACUUGUAGUUAAAGAUGCGGCCCAGGACGCUGCCAAUCUUAUAACUAAAAAUGAUUGCUGGAGUCCGGAGCUACUGGAUUGUUUUCGUGCGUCAAAGCUUACAUCACUUGAGCUUUCGUCCCAAGCAGCGUCUUUUGGCGAGUUUGUUAUCCGAGAACCUUUUAGUGAAAUAGUAAAAAAGCUUUUUCAACAAGAUCAAUUCUCCAAUCUCACAGUAAUCUCAUUUCGAAAUACGCAGUUAUUAAAUGACGAUGUGGCCUCCCUCCGUCUACUUUCUCAUCUUGAGAGUUUAGACCUCACCGGAACCGGCGUGGGAACACAGUCACUUCACCACCUAGUGUGCCAUCGACAUACUUUAAAGAGACUAAAUCUAUCCCACAACCCAUUGAUUGACGAUGAUGCACGUGUUGCUCUAUCGGCAUUUCCAAACCUUGCUGCUAUUUACCUCCGGGGGACAUCGAUCACAAUGCCUGGUCUGCGGCGUUUCGUACAGGGCGUCCUUCCACUGUCUUGCCGCUUGUUAUCGAUACCUGAGCAAUGCAUCAACUAUCUCAAUACGCGGCAGGAGAAAUAUAUGGUUGAUAUUCCGGAAGACUAUGUGCAGGAUCCUGCCAGAGUGGAUGCAUUGACGUUGCCAGCUCUGAAGAGAAAUCUUGAGUUCCAUGGAAAAGCCAACAAGGAUAUACAUGUUACGGGUACCAAGGCAGAACUAAAUAAUAGGUUGUUUGUCAUUCUUUCUAAUAGACUUGCCGACUCGAAAAUCAUAGGGGUGAUGGGGAGGGCGCCUGUGGCGACCUAA